ACGAUUAGCAUAGAACGGUAUAUUUACCUUUCCCUUCCCGCGAGACGUCAGAUCCACUGAUUACAUACCAUUGGAUUAAAUCAGAUACGAUACAAUUGAUUUAGAUUACACACAGACACAACACAUCUUUACAACACAUACCAUUGAUUUGAAGAAUUUGUGAAUCCCGUUGAAGACUCCUGUGAAUACGUUUUAUUGAAGAAUAUCCUGGCUGGUUUUCUCUCCCGCCCUCCGAGGGCCUGCGUUCCAUUGUGAAUUCUGCCCUGCGUUGACUUCAUCGCUAGCCCUCCCUCAUCCAGAGACGGUUGCCGAUAGGAGACUUUGCUGACAGGACCGAACACACAGAGAACGGUCUGGGAAACUCUGUUUGCAGGAGUGAUGCCCACCAUGGCCAGUGUAAAGCUGUCCAUGGGUCAGCCCAUCGUCACUCAUCCCCACUAUGAGGACGCUGGUCUGAGGGAGAGAACCAAGCUGGUCUACUCCAUGUACAGCGGCAUGUCUGGAGAAACUGUGAAGAGAAAUCUAAUGAAGCUGGGAGUGGACUUCUUUGUCCUGGAAGAUUCCUGGUGCAACAGGAGAACCAGGUACCACAUCACCACCAGCCGGGGUGUAGCAUGCCAGAAAUUUGGGACAUUGAGGAUCCCCAAAAUAAUAAAUCAGCUGCCUUCAGCCUCAUGUUUGCCUCUCACCAGUUGGGGCUCGGUAACCAUAGACUUCCACUUCGCAGAGUGAAAGGAUCUUCUGUAAACCAGGCAGAACCACAGUCACAUAACGUCCCUCCACACGUCUGGCAAAAGGUAUUGUUAAAGUCCUGCCUGCUGGUAUUUCUUUAAUUGUAGCAACCCUAAAAGAGAGAGAGAGAGAGAGAAAAAGCAGAGCAAGAAUUUGUUUUAUAAUUGUAGUACUUGACAGGUUGAUACGAAGAAAUAAUAGGCAGCCAUUUUUCCAACAAACUAAACAUCUCAUCAUCUCUAGCCACUUUAUCUUGUUCUAAACUAAGCAUAUAUCAUUUAAUUUAAAAUGUCAGUCAUUUAUAUUUUUUUAAUCUCACUUGUCAUAAAUUAAAUAUAUUUCUUGUGUCUUGGUGUCUGUAACGCGGCUGUGACAAACCAGACGCUCGCAGAUUAAGAAUAAACUCAAGGUUUUAAUGGGCACAGUGAGAGGAGACAAAUGUACAAUAACCAGGCCAGGUCAAUACCGGGAAAUCCAACAAAGUAGUGAGGGCUAAACAAAUCGAGGUCAUGAAACGGGCAAUAGUCCAAGAACCGGAAAUCAGGAAAAAACAGGGGCUAGGCAACUCAGAGUCGAGAAACAGACAAAGAUCGAGAAACGAGCAGAUAAACACAAGGGCUCGGCGAAACCAGAAGGCAAAAUGGGUCAUACACGGAACCGCAAUCAGAAAUAUAACCACUCACGGAAAUGUGGAGGCAUUACUAUGCAAUGAACAAAACAAACAGGGGGUAUAAAUACAGACAUAAACAAAAAGGUACAGGUGAUUAGAUUAGAUUAGAUUCACUUUAUUCAUCCCACAUCAGGGAAAUUCACGUGUUACAGUAACAAGAAAAUGUCAAACAGAUAACAAAUAAAACUGAAAUAAAAAUUAGACAAACGAAGGAUUAAAUACAGAGGGCUCAAUUAGAACUCAGGGGAGCCACUCCUAGGAAGUGGCUCGGGGUUGGCUGAUGGAGUGCACGUGGUAGUGUCAGGUGUGUGAGUGGGAUUGUGGGAAGUGGAGUCCAGAGUGUUAGGUGAGCCCGGGAGCGUGACAGUGUCCCUGCUGCAACAUGUUAUCUAAAUAAACGACAAUCAGCUGAUGGCAGAAAAGAGUUUCACUCAUGCAGACACAGUUUUAUAAUUAUAACCGAUUUUUAAAUUUGGUUUAAUAUCACACACUUAUAGUCUAUCUGCAUCAGAUGGUAAGAAAAUUAAUGGACAGUUGAGUCAGAUGUUUUUGGUAAGUCUGUAUAUUCACUUACACUGGGUUUACAGCACCGUUGUGUACCAAAGAGUUGCCGAUGUGAAUCUCUGCUCCAUUGAUCCUUUCUGCACAACAAUCUCCUCUGUUUGUGAUGGCAAUGGAGGUGACGAUGUAAGACUCCAGCAGGUCCACUCUCCACCAAGGAUUGUUCUGUUGAAUUGUGUGGGUGCAUGAUCCGGCUAUCGAGUUAGAGUCACGGUUUCCAUCAAUAGCACAGUAGGCGGCUCCAGUAAAAUGCCCUGUCCGGUAGGACUGGGUCGCUUUUCCACGCAAGGCCACAUUUUCUAUGAAUGAUGUGAAAUACACAUUACACUAUUUCCAUUAUAUAUUUUUAAUCUAUUAAAUCAAUACAAUAACUGAUCUUUUGGGCUCCUAUAACGCAGCAGAAACAAGUUGUAAACGCAACAUUGACAUAACCUCAACUUAAAAAGUUGGUGAUAAGUUCUUAGCAAACAGUUGCUUAUUUACACAUCCAAUAAUUAUAGAGCAAAAUUAUCAUUUAUUUGGAGUUGUAUUUUGACCACCUCUCUUUAAACCCUGUUUUUGAUCUCCACCAACUCCUGAGGGAAAUAUCUUGCUCUUUAGCUGCAAAAUGCUCCACUAUGUUCACCAGUAGGCAGUGUUUGUCUAAAGUUUGGUCCUGAGCAGGAAGUGUACAGUGGGUUUUUAGAGCUUUUUCAAUGAAAACAGCUGCAGACAAAAAAAUGACACCAUGAAAACAGUGAACUAAGGCAGCCAAUUUUUUGGACCACACAGCAGAACAAUGAGCUGAAGCUCAAUAAAAAGUUCUUUAAAGCUUUGGGGGAGUUGCAGAUUAAAACGAUAUAUCAUGAAAAACUAUUGAUUGUAACGGCUUUAACUACCUCACUUGGCUCAAAUAUUAAAAUUAUGUUUACAUGUUAAUGUAUCGGGGUGGCACAGUGGUGUAGUGGUUAGCGCUGUCGCCUCACAGUAAGAAGGUCCUGGGUUCGAGCCCCGUGGCCGGCGAGGGCCUUUCUGUGCGGAGUUUGCAUGUUCUCCCCGUGUC